CUGUCUCUCAUUUCUUAGAAGUCAGAGUCCCUCCAAACGUACCUAGAAACUCUCAACAAAAUUCACCUAACAGCAACACUCAUUAACAAAGAGAGAGGGAGCCUCUAGAGAACUCAUAAUUUUUCUUCAAAUUUUCUGAACUUGUUUAGAAUUUUUUGGCUGAUUUUGUUGUUGGCCAAAGGGUCCAUAAUUCUUGAGUUGUAUAAAAAUCUAGCUCAAACAAUUGAUAAUUCAUGGAUUCCACUUCAGAGAAGCUCUCUCCCUUCGAUUUGAUGACGGCUAUCCUAAAAGGCGUGAAAUUCGACCAAUCGAAUGGGUCAUCGGAGGUGCCGCCGGCGUUGGUAACGAUGCUGAUGGAGAACAGAGACUUGAUAAUGGUGCUUACCACCUCCGUGGCAGUGCUGAUCGGGUGCGUCGUGGUACUAGUGUGGCGUCGGACUGCGGGAUCGGCAAAGAAGGCCGUGGAGCCGCCGAAGCUGGUCAUCCCCAAGGCCGUGGCUGAGCCGGAAGAAGUGGACGAUGGGAAGAAAAAGGUCACCAUCUUCUUCGGGACCCAAACUGGUACUGCUGAAGGCUUUGCUAAGGCACUUGCCGAAGAAGGUAAUGCUAGAUAUGAGAAGGCCAAGUUUAAAGUUAUUGAUUUGGAUGAUUAUGCUGCUGAUGAUGAAGAAUAUGAGGAGAAGUUGAAGAAGGAGACUUUCACAUUCUUCUUCCUCGCUACAUAUGGCGAUGGUGAGCCUACUGACAAUGCAGCAAGGUUCUACAAAUGGUUUACAGAGGGGAAAGAGAGAGGGGAUUGGCUCAAGAAUCUCCAGUAUGGAGUAUUUGGCCUUGGGAACAGGCAAUAUGAGCAUUUCAACAAGAUUGCAAAAGUAGUUGAUGAUCUGGUUGCUGAGCAAGGUGGAAAGCGUCUUGUCCCAGUGGGUCUUGGAGACGAUGAUCAAUGCAUUGAGGAUGACUUUGCUGCAUGGCGUGAGUUAGUGUGGCCCGAGUUGGAUCAAUUUCUUCGAGAUGAGGAUGAUGCCACCACUGCUACUCCAUACACUGCUGCUGUAUUGGAAUAUCGUGUUGUAUUCCAUGACAAACCAGAUGCAUCAGUUCUGGAGAACGGUUCUACUCAUGCCAACGGGAAUACUGUUUACGAUGCUCAACAUCCCUGCAGAGCUAAUGUGGCUGUGAAGAGGGAGCUUCACACUCGCGCAUCUGACCGUUCUUGCACUCAUUUGGAGUUUGAUAUUUCUGGCACUGGACUGUCGUAUGAAACUGGAGACCAUGUUGGUGUGUAUUGUGAGAAUCUGAUUGAAGUUGUCAAGGAGGCUGAACAGUUGCUAAAUAUGCCUCCAGAUACUUACUUCUCCAUUCACACUGAUAAAGAGGAUGGCACACCACUAAGUGGAAGCUCCUUGCCACCUCCCUUCCCUCCUUGCACUUUACGAACAGCACUGAGCCAAUAUGCUGAUCUCUUGAGUGCUCCAAAAAAGUCUGCUCUAAUUGCAUUAGGGACUUAUGCUUCUGAUCCAAGUGAAGCUGACCGUCUUAGAUAUCUUGCAUCCCCUGCUGGAAAGGAGGAAUACGCACAGUGGGUAGUUGCAAAUCAGAGAAGCCUCCUUGAGGUCAUGGCAGAAUUCCCAUCAGCCAAGCCUCCACUAGGUGUUUUCUUUGCGGCAGUUUCUCCUCGUCUGCAACCCAGAUUUUAUUCUAUCUCGUCAUCUCCCAAGAUUGCACCAUCUAGAAUCCAUGUAACUUGUGCAUUGGUCUAUGAAAAAACACCCACAGGACGAAUCCACAAGGGUGUCUGCUCAACAUGGAUGAAGAAUGCCGUGCCUUUGGAGGAAAGCCCCGACUGCAGUUGGGCACCAAUUUUUGUUCGGACCUCUAACUUCAGACUCCCUGCUGAUCCUAAAGUACCAAUAGUAAUGAUUGGCCCUGGUACUGGCCUGGCUCCAUUCAGAGGUUUCCUUCAGGAAAGAUUAGCUCUGAAGAAAUCAGGAGUGGAACUAGGUCCUGCCAUAUUAUUUUUCGGAUGCAGGAACAGUAAAAUGGACUACAUAUAUGAGGAUGAAUUAAAUAACUUUGUCCAAGACGGUGUAAUUUCUGAGCUAAUAGUUGCUUUCUCACGUCAAGGGCCCACAAAAGAAUAUGUGCAACACAAGAUGACAGAGAAGGCUUCAUAUAUCUGGAACAUGCUUUCUGAGGGAGGGUAUAUUUAUGUCUGUGGUGAUGCCAAAGGCAUGGCUAGGGACGUACACCGAACACUCCACACAAUUGCACAAGAGCAGGGAUCUCUGGACAGCUCGAAAGCUGAGAGCAUGGUGAAGAAUCUGCAGAUGACUGGAAGGUAUCUACGUGACGUAUGGUGAUUGUUCUUUCAAUCGAUCUUCUAAAACAGGGGAUCGGAGGGUAUUAAAUCGCCUGUAUUAUACUUGUUAAGCACAAUUUGUUGAAUUAAGAAAAUUUAGACUAGUAAUGAGCAAAAACUAUGGCCUUCUUCUGCCGGCCUGAGGAAAGGGAAGUGUGAAUGUUAUAAGAGUAGUUUAGUUCUUGUUACUCUUUGAAGUAGUUUGAUCAAAGAGAUUUUUUGGUACAUGUAAUUUUUAUAUAUAUGUAUGAUGCGAAAAUAAUUAUUGUGAUAAUCUUCCUACUACGAGACUUGCAUUUUGAAGUAAUUUGUAAUCCCAUGGCCUUUUAUCACCUCUAA